GCGGGAAUGAGGUAAAAGCGGGAGGGGGCGGGGAGCGGCAAGCAGGAAAUUCAGCGCCAAAGCUGCGGUGGGGGGAGAGAGCGACGCGAACGAGUCUAGUCUAGGAGCAGCGCCACCUCCCAGCCCCAUGGCGGAGACCAAGGAAACUCAUGAGGAACAUGACACCUCAACUGAAAACGCAGAUGAUUCUAACCAUGAUCCUCAAUUUGAGCCCAUAGUUUCCCUUCCUGAACAAGAGAUCAAGACCCUUGAGGAGGAUGAGGAAGAACUCUUUAAGAUGCGAGCAAAGCUGUUUCGAUUUGCAUCAGAAAAUGAUCUUCCAGAGUGGAAAGAACGAGGAACCGGAGAUGUGAAACUCCUGAAGCACAGGGAGAAGGGAACAAUUCGCCUUCUCAUGAGGAGAGAUAAAACCCUAAAAAUCUGUGCAAAUCAUUAUAUUACACCUUUAAUGGAGCUGAAGCCUAAUGCUGGAAGUGACAGGGCAUGGGUUUGGAACACACAUGCUGACUUUGCAGAUGAAAGCCCUAAACCUGAACUUUUGGCAAUCCGGUUUCUAAAUGCAGAAAAUGCACAGAAAUUCAAAGCAAAAUUUGAAGAAUGCAGGAAUGAGGUAGACAAGGGAGCAAAGAAGGCAGGCAAAGAGAAAAAUGAUAGUGCUGACAAAGUUGCUGAGAAAUUAGAAGAGCUUUCUGUAAAGGAAGAGAGCAAAAAAUCUGAGAAGAAAGAAGAGACCAAGGAAAAAAUUGAAGAGAAGCAAUAAAUCAUCUUGGGCCUUGUGUUUUUUCCUUAAUUUUUUUUUAAUUUUUACAAGGGACUUUAUAAAGAACUGAAUUCCAACAUUCAGAUUGUUUUUUCUAAGCUUUUGCCCUUUUGAAGAUGUCUUCAGAAAAUCCAUUCCCCAGUCAUGAAAAUGUACUGUGCUAACUUUCUUUUCCAUAGUGGAAACACUUAUUUAUAGUCAUCCAAAAGAGUGAAUAAAACAAAUUUGAAAACAGCAUCAAAGGACAGAACUGAGUUUUCUGUACACUUCAAACACUUGUGACUAUAAUUCUUGCACUUGGUGUUUACAUAUUUGAGGGUGCGUAUCUUCAUAUAAGUGAUGUAAUCAGAUUAGAUUAAGUGCAUUUUAAUCCUUUCUGUUGGUAAAAUUAUGCAGACAUUUCUUGUAUGUUAAGUUAAAUUAGUAGACUUAAGCAGGCCUCUUACACCAGUUUUGGUUGUUUGUGUUUGCUAAUUGAGGAUUGUUCCUGCUUGACAGGGUACCUACAGUUUUCUUUAGCAGACCACUAUAUCUAUUGCUUCCUAGAAGGCUAUAGUGCCACAGAAUUCUGGAUGGUAGAAUUUAUUAUUCUCCUGGCACAACUCCACUGGUAUGAUGACCGCUUAUGGCAGACAGUAGUGGAAAAGGAUAUCCUUUGAACUAGCAUUGGAUGUAAUUUAAUACAGUCUCAUGUAGGUUUUCAUUACAAAAGAUAAGUAGGAAGCUACUUUUUAAAAGUCUUAAUGACUUUCAAAAGCUCUUUUAACCAUGCUAAAGGAUCAAGAGUGCUGUUUGUGUUAGAAAACAACUUAUAAAACCUACUUAUAUAUUGUAGAUAGGACCAUAGAUCACUCAUGAUGUGCCAUUCACUGACUCUUAAGGAAGUACCUUUUUUUUUAUAUCUACUUAAUGUUAGGGAUGAAUCUAACCUUGUUAGACAACAUGCCAUGGAGCUCCUCAAAUCAGAGCUUCCCAUGUUUUUUGCUGUGUGCCCCACCACCACAAUGUGAGUGGCGUAAGAGGGUCCCCUACUCCUGCCCAUCCAGGACAGAAAGUGACUCACUGAGACAAGCAAAUGGCAGGACCUAGCUGGACAUCCCUGGAGAAGCCCAUAGCAGAGUGAACCAGGGGUUCUCACCCUCCCUUUCAUUCCUGCAGGGCUAUGGCUUUCUGGCUGAGUGCAGGGCAGCAAACAAGGGAAUGCUCAGGAAGACUGCAGUGGUCAGUGAUGCAUGGAAAGCAGCAGGCUAUGGGUGGGGUUGCAUGUACUCUCUCUUGCCCCAAACCUCCCUGUAUGCUCUCCCUAGCCUGGACACCUGGAGCCCCUUGCCCCAACUGUCACACCCCAGAUAACCUCCUCCCACAGUUUGAAAUACAAUGGUGUAAGCAAUGCACUCCAACAGUCACUUUCUAAAUUUGGCACUGAUGUGUUCAGAACUUGCAAUCACUUUACCAGAAUUUGUGGAGUUAUAAAAUACUUGCAUUUUAGAAAAGUAUGAGGAGGUCCUAAUACUACUACAAAAAUAUUAAACCUAUAAUUUGAAUAUGCAAGGUGGAAUAUAAUGUUAAUAUGCUCUUUAAAUGGGAAUAAGUAUUAUGGUUCAAGCUGCUCCCUUAACAGUGGUUAUUAGCAAUAGAUCUACUUAGUUUCUAACUACUGCUAGAGUUUUGGAAGACUUAAACCAGGGUAGAAAACCAACAAAAAAGCCUUUUCAUUCAGUAAAUGUCUUGUUGUUUUUGUUUUUUUGGUAGACAAAUUUCCUUGUAUAAAGAUUAACACAACUAUCAGUAAAA